UAUUAGAUGUCAGCUGCCAUUAAACCUCCUCAAAGAAGAAGAAAAGGCGACCGACGCUGGUGGUCCUCUGUUUACUUUUUAGUGAACUACACCAAAUUUGAUUUCGAGGUGUCUGCAUCUAUCUGUACUUUUCAACAGCCUUUUGCUUCUACACUACACAUCCAUUAACAAUUACUUAUUCGAAGGCCAUUUUCGGUCAAAUAAUGGCAAAUGACGUUGCUUUUCACACUCAGCUAGCCUCCAUCAUGGAGGUUUUAGCUAACGCGGCCGUGGCUGAAAUCUGCGAGCUUGUUGACAAUGGCUAUGCGGUCCUGCAUUUGGAGAUAUCUCAAGGGCAGAAGGAGAAUGAAGUGUUGAGGAGAAAACUACGGAUGAUGGAGCUGAAAGUGUCUCGUGCGAGUACUCCGAGAGCGGGAAUGGGAGGCUCAAUCCUCGCGCACAGUCGUUCUCGAACUCACUUUGGCAUGGAAUCGAGAAGGACAUCAGUCGGCGAGGUACAUUGUCGGAGAGGAGUUGAUUCCCAGUUGGUCACCAGCCUGUUUAGGGACGGAAAGUCCUCAGGUGAUACUGGACAGACUACCACACAGAGAAAGCCUGCAGCGUUGGAUGAAAUAAAGCCCAAAUCACCUACCAUCAAAGAGGAGAGGCGGGAAGAAGCCUGGGACAAUCAUAACCAACGAGAGAGACUGAGUACCGGAGCUUUAAAUCCCUGUGUUGGAGGAGAAAGGCAUUCCAACAUCGACACAGAGGCGGCUCAAUCAAUCAGCAAACAGGAGAACGCCAGCUCUUGUAUAUGGGUGAGUGGUGAAACAGACAACAGCCUCAUGCCAGAAUCAAAUGAAAAUAUGAGUGUGAACAAAAGAUCUCAAACCCCAGCAUUGGAAGAUGGUGAUGGAAUACUUGACCAUGCAGGCUUUGAUUGUAUGAUGUUUGAGCCCCCCAGACAACUUGGGACCCUUAGCACCCAGGGUCCUGGGACUGAUCUUCCUGAGUGCUCUUACUCUCAUGUGGAUGUUGUACCUCUUAAUUCUGAGUCAGAGAAUAGUUUUCCCUUUUCGAUGAACAAGGUGAGUCGCUCCAUAACUGAGCACAAACAACCUGUAGCUUACAGAGACAGUAGACAGAGGGUGCCGUUGCCCUCAGAUGAGCCUCACAUGACUGUGCGAAAAGGCAUGGAGACUGGAUCCAAUGCCUUGGUAAUGACGGAUGGUUGGGUCUCCCAUGACAGUCAUAAUAACGACGCUGUGAAUUACAACCAAGACGGCACAGCAGGUAACCGGUUCAUUUGUAGUUUCUGUGGUAAGACUUUGGCGUGUCUGAAGAACCUCAAGACACACCUUAGGGUUCACACCGGGGAGAAGCCGUUCAGCUGCAUGCAGUGCGGGAAGCGCUUCUCCGACUCCAGCAACCUCAAGCGACACCAGAGCGUACACACAGGGGAGAGACGCUACGGCUGCAGCCACUGCGGCAAGCGCUUCGCCCAGUCAGGCUCACUCAAAGUGCACCUUAGCAUACAUAAAGGAUGCAAGCAGUUCCGAUGCCCACAGUGUGAAAAGACUUUCAUAUCGGCCAAUCACCUCAAGAGACACAUCAGUGUCCACGAUGGAGAAGAAAGUAUUUUACCAACUACUUUUCAGUGAGUGAAAGCAUACCCAAAAGUGCUCCAGCCCAGCUUGAACAAAAAAAUGAAUUGGGGGCUUGACUGAAGGAGUUGAUCAUCCAAAAAGUAUUCCAUAAACUUUUGAAUUAGUGUUUUUGUAACUCUUAUCAUUGAAGUUGUUUAUCACUCAUCCUCAGCCCACUGUGUGAAAAGUGGUUUGUGGACUCAAGUAAUCUUAUUCGUCACACCGGAUACUACAUACAGUGUGGGGAGAGGUUUGCUGUGAAGCACAUUCUUAGAAUUCACCUAGAGAGAAACUAUUCUGGUGCUCUAUAGUGCUGGAGAUUGUAUUGUCACUGAGUAUACCACGAACACAGUUAUUUGUGAAUAAUUCUACUUUCACAUUUUGACUGAACACAUUUUGUCUGUAUUGGGCUAUUUGUUAUUUACAGUUUAGGAGUAGUCAUAACAAAAGGAAUGGAAUUAAAACAAAAGAUUUUGUAUGUGUAUCUAAUAAUGUGUACCAUUUUAUUAUUUCAAAAGUGCUGCAAGAAAUAUAUGAACAAUACAAACAGUGAUUGUUACUACUAUUAUUAUUAGUAGUAGUAGUAGUAGUAAUAUAAAACAUACUACCUCUCUUUAGGAAACACACUCCUCCAAGCCAACCAGUCUAGUAAAAUGAUAUCUCGCAAGGCCCAUGUAUGACAUUUUGAAAUAUGAAUUAUCUUGCACACGUUAUUUUUGUAAACAUUUCCUCUGAAAUGUGUUUUUGUGAAAUAAACAAUUGUAAGAAAAAGGCCAGUAUAUUGCUGACUUUUUUUUGACUCAUCCAGUAGGAUGCAGAACCAGCCUCUCGUCAGCAACACUAAGUAAGCACUUCCGGUCAUGAAAUAAAAAGUCCCCCACGUAAUAGUAGAAAAAUGUAAAUAACCUGUAUUUAGUCAUGGCAUAUGAAAAAUGAUUGCCUAAACAAUAAUAAAGAUUCAUUUUUGUUCAGAUUUAAGUGAGUGGCAGCAUCAUGUUUUGGGGGUGCUUUUCUGCAGGAGAGACUGGUGCACUUCACAAAAUAGAUGGCAUCAUGAGGUAGGACAAUUAUGUGGAUAUAUUGAAGCAACAUCUCAAGACAUCAGUCAGGAAGUUAAAGCUUGGUCGCAAACGGGUCUUCCAAAUGUAAAAUGACCCCAAGCAUACUUCCAAAAUUGUGGCAAAAUGGCUUAAGGACAACAAAGUCAGGGUAUUGGAGUGGCCAUCACAAAACCCGGAUCUCUCCUGUAGAACAUUUGUGGGCAGAAUUGAAAAAGCGUGUGCAAGCAAGGAGGCCUACAAACCUGACUCAGUUUCACCAGCUCUGUCAUGGGGAAUGGGACAAAAUUCACCCAACUUAUUGUGGGAAGCUUGUGGAAGGCAACCCAAAACGUUUGGCCCAAGUUAAACAAUUUAAAGGCAAUGCUACCAAAUAGUAAUUGAGUGUAUGUAAACUUUUGACUGACUGGGAAUGUGAUGAAAGAAAUACAAGCUGAGAAAUAAAUCAUUCUCUCUACUGUUAUUCUGACAUUUUACAUUCUUAAAAUAAAGUGGUUAUCCUAACUGACCUAAGACAGGGACUUUUUACUAAGAUUAAAUGUCAGGAAUUGUGAAAAACUGAGUUGAAAUGUAUUUGGCUAAGGUGUAAACUUCCGACUUCAACUGUACAUGUUGCUGAUAUAAUGGAAGUCCUGUGGCCAAAGUGUUGGAACAACUUUUGCAGGUUUGGGAGCAUCCAAGCAAAGAAAAUUAAUAUUCUGUAAAACAGUCUUGUGCUGUUAUGAAGGUCGAUGACUAAUAAUGUGACAAUGCAUAUCUCUUGUCUGGGAAAUGUUUACUAUGGUUUUAGGCACCCUAGUUAAAUUGCAGUACUGGUAUCAUUGACUAGGACACGGAUGAGGAACUUUGUGUGCCAACGAUUUACACUGAGGAUGACCAGUUUUUUGUUUGUUUUUCUAAACCUUUCUUGCAUUAUGAUUUUUUUGGGCACCAUGUUCUAAUAAACAUCUUGAUUUUCCA